AUGCUAAAAAAACAAAACCUUUUUCUGUAUGAAGUAAUUCGUGUGGAUCAUAACAGUGCCUACAACUACAAUGCAGCUGUAGAUGCAACCUCUUUGGCAAUAUGUGCUGCUGCGUCAUUUGGAAUUGGUUUUGUCACAGUGGAUUGGAGCAAAUAUGGAGAAUUGCUGCUCUUCUUUGUCAACAUGGUCAUUGGAGGAUUGAUGGUGUGGAUGAGUUUUACAGAUAACAUUUGGGUGGCUUAUGUGUGUUAUUUAAUUAUCCGAAUUAUAUUCCAGACCGUUCUUACCAUUGCAACUUAUCAAGUUGCCGUUCAUCUGAGUAGUCGAUGUUAUGGUUUGGUUUUUGGUCUUAAUACCUUUCUGGCCUUGAUACUUGAAACAAUUAUGACUGUGAUUGUUGUUGAUAAACACGGACUUAAUCUUGAUGUUAGAACACAGUUUGUUGUCUAUGGAGGGUACUUUGGAUUUCUGGCGUUACCUAGAGAGAAGUCCUUUCCUGUCCAAAAGGCCACUCCUUCCACAUGUUUUUCCCAUCCCUCAACCGCAGUCCCUUCAGACAAACAUAUUCGCCUUGCCACACCCCCAGUUCUUCUCCCACGAAAACUCCUGAAAUGCCCCCCCCCCAAAACAAAAGACUCCGAAGGCCAACACAGAACUUAA